AUGAUAGAAGUUCAAGGUGUGCUGCAGUUUUUUGCUAUCUGGCAGGACGAACUGGAUUACCCGGCAGAUGUACCCACGUGCACACGAUUGUCCUAUUUAGAAGCAUUUCAUCUCACUAUUCGUCCUACACCAAAAGAAUUUGUCGCUUCCAAAGCGGCAACAUACCAAACGCUGCUUUGCUUCACCGAUUCACCGAGUAAACCAUUCCGUUUCCGGGGCACACGGGACAACCGGCUUUUGGCGCAUCAAGAUGGGAGCAACGAACAGUUCGAAAUCUUUCUUCUGGUAUGUUUUUGGACAGCUACUGCGAAAAAAUUCAAAGAUUUUCAGAUCCAAGCGCCUUUUCGUAGCGCAGACAUGGUGAGCAUCUUCGAAACACUGUGA